AUGCCCGCCCCCGAACAAGCAGAAUUCACCUUCCUGCCCCUCGGCGCGAUUAUUCAAGAGUUCCGCGUCGGCGGGAAGAAUAUCGUUCUCGGUUUCCCCACGCAGGACCACUACGUCAAGCACAACACCCCACACUAUGGCGCCACGAUCGGACGCGUCGCCAACCGCAUCAAAAAUGGCCACAUAGAUGUCCUUAAUGGACGCGAGUAUCAGCUCAAUCAGAAUAACGGCCCCAAUGCCCUGCACGGAGGCCCGACUGGUUGGGGAAAGCGUGUCUUCGAUGGCCCGCAUACUGUCCAGCGCAAUGGCCGUGACGCCCUCCUGUUCAAGUACCGCUGCCAGGAUGCUGAGGAAGGAUACCCCGGUACCGUCGAGGUGCGUGUCUGGUACACUGCCAGCAAGGAGGGUGAGGCGAAGACCGUUUUGACGGCGGAGUAUGAGGUGGAAUUUGUUGGCGAUGAGUGUGAGGAGACGGUUGUCAAUAUCACCAACCAUAGCUACUUCAACAUCGGCUCGGGCCCCACCAUCGACGGCACAACCGCCCAACUAGCCACAGCCGACUACCUCCCCCUCGACUCAACUGGCAUCCCAGAAGGAAACAUCGCCAAAUUCCCACGAGACGUGACGAAGCCCUUCACACUCGAAGCAGUCGGAGCCCACAUCGACGAUGUCUUCGUCAUGGAAACUGACCCCGCCAAAAUCCCGCUCGAUACCCGCGGUCUGCCCCUUCGCCAACUUGCCCAGUUCAGCAACGCCGGCACGGGCCUGCAUCUGGAAGUGCACAGUACCGAGCCUGCGUUCCAGUUCUACACGGGUAAGUAUAUCAAUGUGCCCUCGAUUGAUGGCGCUGCGCCGCAUACCGAGGGCGCGGGCUUCUGCGUUGAACCUAGUCGCUUUGUUAAUGCUGUCAAUGAGCCUGAGUGGAGGAAUAUGGUGCUUUUGAAGAAGGGGCAGGUCCUUGGUUGUAAGAAUGUGUACAAGGCGUGGAAGGAUUAA